AUGGAACCAACUCAACACACAUCAUUUACGUUGACAGAUGCUUGUGAAGCUGGUGAGAAAAUGGCUUCCCAGUGGAUCCGUGUGAGCAGUGCGGAGAGGAAGGUGCCCCACACGCGCAUGGAGGAUGAGGCUGCCAUCCAGCAAGUAUACACAUUUGGGAAGAAACUGGGUCAAGGCAGCUUUGGGGUGGUCUAUGAGGCCACCCACAUCGAGACGCAGAAGAAGUGGGCCAUUAAAAAGGUUAACAGAGAGAAGGCUGGGAGUCACGGUGUAAAACUGUUGGAACGGGAAGUAAGCAUACUAAAACGAGUCAAUCACGGCCACAUUAUACACUUGGAAGAGGUGUUCGAAACGCCGAAGAAGAUGUACAUGGUGACGGAACUGUGUGAGGGAGGGGAGCUGAAGGAGAUUCUGAAGAAGAAGAGGAAUUUCACUGAGGAAGAGGUCCGGCACAUCAUCCACGGCUUGGCAGAAGCUACAGUGUACCUACACAGGAAGGAUAUUGUACACCGGGAUCUUAAGCUGGAGAACAUUCUAGUGAAGGGUUCCCAGGAUGGUGAAGAGAAUGGGCUACUCCACAUCAAGAUCACAGACUUUGGGCUGUCUGUCCAGAAGGGCGGUGUGGGCAAUAAGUCCAUGAUGCAGGCGACCUGCGGAACGCCCAUCUACAUGGCUCCGGAGGUGAUUGACGGUCAUGAGUACAGCCAGCAGUGCGACGUGUGGAGCAUCGGGGUCAUCAUGUACACGCUACUUGGCGGGGAACCCCCCUUCCUGUCCAAGGCAGACGACCGGCUUUUUGACAUCAUCAGGAAAGGAGAGCUCAACUUCAGCAGCCCUGUGUGGGACUCCAUCAGUGACGGAGCUAAGAAUGUGUUGCGCUGCCUGCUGAAGGUAGAUCCCGCCCACCGUAUCACAGCCAGUGAGCUUCUGGAUAACCCCUGGAUCACAGGCGAUACCUCCACCACCGGCACGCCCAUCAACGUGCUGGAGAUGAUGAAGCGGUUUCGGGAUGACCCGGAGGACGGGGAGAACGCCGGGGCCCCGGGCGGGCUGAACGGCCUCUCCCUGCACCCGGCCCAGGACCCCGCGCCCCGGCCCGAACCCGCCCCGGGAGAGAUGCCCGGCUCGCCCUGCUGCGCCAGCGCCAAGCUCCUGGAGCUGGAACACGCCAGCGAGACUGACAGCUGCAGCAGCUCCCCCUCCACCCCAACCAAACAGAGACCAAAGAAGAAGGCCACCAUUUUGACCUGCAGUGAUACCACGAGGAAGAAUGGCUCGAGUGGGAAAGGUGGCAGUAGUUCUUCUUGCGCAGGUGGAGCAGGUGGUGGUGUGAAGGCGCAGGGCCAGGGCAGCAGCAAGCGGGGCAGCCCCCAGGAGAGGUGCGAGGCCGGCCCCUCCCAGCCGGGGCCCCCCGGCCGUCCGCCGGUCUGCUCGGGGAAGGUGGACAGCCACAGGUUGCCUGUCCCCUCCAACUGCACGCACGGACAGCAGAGCCCCAAACCCAUCUCCAGAAUCAAGGCCAAAAAGAGCGUAUAAGAGCCUCUGCACCCUCAGCCCUGGUGUACCCGCCAUGUUUCUCUUUUUGUUCCACCCGAGUUUGAUGGCAAGGCUGCGCUGGGUUAUUACGAGCCCGAGUAUUCAUAGUCUGAAUGGCCCGAGUAUUCAUAGUCUGAAUGGCCAAAACAUUAAGUAUCUCCAGCAUGUCUCGUGCAUUUGUUGAACCUAAUGAUUAAUAGGAGUUUGUAGCUAUAGGACUGUGUGGAGCGAAAAGCAGGAACGUUUCUGGCACAAUGGGACCAGGGUUGAGUACCCCCGAGUACCUCUGCCCUACACAAUGUGCCAAAGGAAGAAUGCCCUAUGGAAGGCAUGGCUGGGCUGGAAGUCCCCACCCCCACUUUCACCGGAACCAUCGAGUCCUGGACCAGCCAAUGGGAGGCGGUAGAUGCCUCUCAGUCGCAGACUCCCAUUGGCUCACUUGUUAUCGCUCUUUGUGGACGAGGCAGAUUUGUAUUAGAGAUGCCACACGUUUGAACGCAGACAAAUGUAGAGCACUCUACAGGCUGCUGAAGCUUUAACUUUCCUCAAGGCCUGUGAGCGCUCUGGCCACCUAUUAUGACAUCAUAUAUGUGCGCCUCGGUGUGGCCAUUUCAGUGGGCGCCACUGCAUUAACUUAGGAAUCUUAAUGUUUCAUGGCAUUUUCGUGUUCUCUAACUGAUGUUGACUCCACAGACAUCAUAGGUAUGUUAAUUAAGUGUGCGUGAAAGAGAAAGGGAGCAUUUAUCUUUCAUAAUACUUGUAUCAGUCUUAAUAAAUAUUUUGUAAAUGACCUACAGGGUUUAUCAAAAAUUACAGAUUUGUUUUUAAAUGAAUGUAUUACCAUCACUGACAGUUAAUCUUAAUUUACUUAAACGGUAGUUUUUCUAUCCAGUAUGUGUUGCAUUGUCGCACUUCCUCGCCAGUGAACGAAUGUUUGCUCUGCAUCCAAACUGCAUCAUGGGAGAUGUGCAUAAAAGCGAAGAGGUUUGUGCUACUCAAGUGUUGUUACUGUUUGAUGGCCUGGAACAUGAUUCAGUUGCCAAAUCUAAUGAGCAAACCUUGCUAUACACUAGCAAUAAAUCACCCUUUUCCUUUAAUAAAUAAUCAAGAAUUCCCUCAAA